ACAUACGACUCCAUUAACGCCGGCGACACAGCCACCACCAAAUUCAAGGCUUUUGUCAGGCAAUUAGGGCUCCACCAGGGCAUCAAGCAACAGCGUUCAACACUACUCCGCUCUCAAGCUUGCGGCCCUUGACACAACCACAACCAAGUCGAAGGCUUUCGUUAGGCGAUUACGACUCCAGCAGGUUCUUACCGGCUCAUUGUGUUGGCAGCUUCACUUCAGUCUGGUAAAAUUUGUAUUUUUAGUAUACUAUUCUUUUUACACUCUUACUUUUUAUAUGCUUUUGUGUACACACAUUUUUGUUUGCUUAAAAAUAUGUUGCCGUCGGACACGUCUGGUAAAAGGCGGAGUAUAGCUACCUCUUGUGAAACAGGUGAAACUUCUACCACACCUCGCCGCAGGAUUUCACAACGGUUGCGUUCAAUCAUUUCUCAAACUUCAGGGUCAAUAGAGAGGCCGCUGCCAACGUAUUCAGAUUGUGGAGAUUGCACUUAUAUUUGUGAACACUGCAGUGCUCUAUUUUGGUUUGCUGAGAAGGUUUUACAUGCUCCACAUGUUCAUCAUCCUCGCUAUAAUCAGUGCUGUAAAUCGGGCUCUGUGAGGUUGUCUUUUCCUCUUGAACCACCACCUGGUAUUAGGCAACUUUUCCAAGAUUCUCAGUUCCUGGACAAUAUUAGAACAUAUAACAAUAUGUUUUCUAUGACCUCAUUUGGGGCAGAGGUUGACGACACUAUUAAUGAUGGUCGUGGUCCUUACGUUUUUAAAAUCUCAGGCCAAGUUUCACACUGGAUCGGAUCUUUGUGCCCUCCACCUAAUGAGAAACCACGUUUUUUACAAAUGUACAUAUACGACACAGAGAAUGAGAUUUCAAACAGACUCCGAUUCUUCAAUAACUCAGAUCACCACAACCUUUCAGAUAGUAUUGUUGGCACGCUCAGCCAGAUGUUAAAUACCUAUAAUGGGUAUGCUCGCCUCUUUAAAAAUGCCGGCGACAUCUGCAGAACGACAGAGGCUAGCUGUUAUUCCAUUCGUCUUUAUAGUAACGUACCCGAUAGAAGAUAUGGUGCUCCAUCUGCAGACGCAUUAGGUGGAAUAGUAUGCGGUGACGAUUUCAAUGCUAGCAACUAUGACAUCAUCAUUCACUCAAAAGACGGAAUGCCUCAGAGAGUUAGUAAGCUUCAUCAAUCUUAUAUGCCAUUACAAUAUCCACUUCUAUUUCCUUUUGGUGAGGAAGGUUGGUCUCCGAAGCUUCAAUUACGUAAGGUCGAUGGUUCUAAAGACAAGAGAUUGACCGUUAACAUGUACUAUAGUUACCAGAUUCAUGAGCGUGCAGGUGUUUAUUCCCUCCUCUUGAAUGGUGGGCGACUUUUUCAACAGUAUUUAGUAGACGCUUAUUCGUGUAUAGAACAGAAUAGACUCGAUUACUUUAAAGCAAAUCAAGAUCUCUUUCAUUCAGAAUAUAUCGCUGGCAUGUAUGAUGCCCUUUCACGAGGUGAUACGGAAUGUCGUGAUAUAGGAAAGCGAAUCUUUUUACCAUCUUCGUUUACCGGUGGGCCACGUUACAUGUAUAAGCAUUACCAAGACGCCUUAGCAAUUUGCAGGGUCCAUGGCAAUCCGCAGUACUUCAUCACUUUCACAUGCAACGUCAGGUGGCCUGAAAUUAUGAGAUAUAUGCAACGUGUUGGGUGCGUUAAUUCACAAAAUCGUCCUGACAUCAUAGCUCGGGUUUUCGAAAUGAAAGUCGAAGAAUUUAUAAAAUUUAUAAAAGAAGAUAAAACAUUUGGAGAAGUGGUAGCAUAUUUAUACACUAUUGAGUUUCAAAAAAGGGGAUUACCGCACUGUCACACUUUAAUCUGGGUCACGGCAGCCGAUAGAAUACGAGACGCUUCAAAUGUAGAUAGUUACAUUACUGCUGAGUUCCCGGAUCAAAAUUCUGAACCUCUUUUGUAUUAGACAAUUACUGAAUGCAUGAUUCAUGGCCCGUGCGGGUUGCUCAAUCCUAACGCUCCUUGUAUGCGUGAAGGUAAAUGUUCAAAGCAUUUUCCAAAGUCGUUUGAAGCCGCUACGCUGUUUGACAAGGAUGGCUAUGUUCAUUACAAAAGACAUGCUACCAACUAUCAUGUGUCGAGGAAUGGCCUCCAAAUCGAUUGUGGUUAUGUUGUUCCAUAGAAUAAACGUCUAUGUAGCCGUUUCAAUGCGCACAUUAAUGUUGAGUAUUGUGGUUGGAACAUGAUGAUUAAGUACCUCUUUAAAUACAUCUCUAAAGGAGCUGAUCGUAUUAAGUUUGCAAUUCGUAAGUCUGAAACUCAUUCACCAUCUACAUCGUCUACAUCGUCUGAUGCGCCUCCUGUGGUUGAUGAAAUUCAAAAUUUUCUAGACGGCCGGUUUAUUUGCCCACAUGAAGCUUCGUGGAGAAUUUUGAAUUUCUCAAUUCAUGAACGCAGUCCUUCGGUCCAAGUCUUAGCUGUUCAUUUGGAGAAUAUGCAAAAUGUUACUUUUAAGGAGAGAAGCAAACUGCAAUCUGUCAUCAACAACCCGUCUUUUGGAAAAACGACUUUAACUGAAUGGUUCUCUAAUAACAACAAGGACUCUAAUGGAUUGGACAAGAUACCGUUGGGAGUUAUCCGCUAAAGUAUGGAUUCGUAGAGUCCAAGCAAGACCUGCUGCAGCAAUUGGACGCCUUGUGUAUGUACAUCCCACAGCUGGUGAACUUUUCUAUUUGCGCAUGCUACUUUGUCAUAAAAAAGGUUGCAAGUCCUACUCCGAUGUACGUACCAUGUCUUCUGUUACAUACACAACUUUUCGAGGGGC